AAAUAACACUGAUUCAUAUUUUUCUUUUUCGUAUCGUUAUCGACAACUAAUGAUAAGAUUGUAAGUUGAAAAUUGAUAUAAACCGUGGCACAACACCUGAGGCGCAGUUCUGAUAACUCAGAUUGUAUUGUAAGUGUGAUUUUGUACAGUGUAUAUCUUUGAGCAAAAUGAGUAAAUACCCAGGCCAUUUGUCCGGUAAUAAUCCGCCACCAUAUUACGCCCAUUCACAUUGGGCACCACCACCUCCACCUUUACCACAUCCCCCACACUAUCCCCCUUCAGACCCAAGUCAUCCACAUCCAACUCCGUAUCCUUACUACGUCCCUGGAGCUGUAAUGAUACCAGUACCGGUUGGAGCCCCGUACCCACCACCUACCAGCGACCCUCCUCCACAACCUACUUAUAUUACCAAUUAUUACUACCACGGAGAGUCAUCCAAUGCACCGUCGAUCGAAAACCAAGUUAAGGUGGUUGAAAAUUCUGGUGAUUUCGAUUGGGUCCCGACUACUGCAACAACAGCUCAUAGUUUAACCGGCAAAGCUGUUCUCGGAGGCCAUGAAGGGUGGGAUGGUAGUCCACUUUGGGUGAUCAGGUCAUGGCAUGCCGGUGAGCUAAUUCCUGGGAAGCUGUCUGUUAGACAUAACAGAGCUUCAGUUAUGUACGAUGGUAAGGAGAUACCUGUGCAAAAUAUUGAAGUCCUCUGCGCCAGACCUGAAAAUUUAAGAUGGGUGCCUGCAUCAAAUGGGAGCGUGCCUCCUGGAGCGAUCGCUGGAGGUCACACGGUGUCUGGUGAAACUUUGUACGUUGGGAGAGCGACAUACCAGUUAUCAGUAACCCCAGGAAAAGUGCACCCUAGCCAUAAAUGUUGCUACAUUGGAUUCGCUGGAAAUGAAGUCUCACAUAGAGUUUAUGACGUUUUAACAAGGAUAUAGAUGAAUAAAUAAGUGAUUUUCUAAAAAAGACAAAAUUACAAUUUUUAUGUGAAUUGUGGAUUGUCUAUUUAUAACAAUUACCGUUAUUAUGAAUUAUGAUAAAACUAAAAAAAACAAUUAUAAGUUCGAUAACGAGAUAAUUGUAAGACUUGUAAAUUAAUAAAGUGUAUUAAGUUAUUAUAUUAUUAACAACGUGCUUGUUUUUACAGAAGAAAAAAUAAUAAUAAUCGAUCUUAUCGAAUAUUCCUGUUUAUCAUGUAACUCUGAUAAAAAAAUUAAAUAAUACUUACUCACAGAUGAUUUAAUUUUGUACUAUUUCACAAUAUUUAAUCCAUAACUGCAAUAUCACAGAUAAACUUAGUACAGGUUUCACUCUCUUACGAUGGUUAUAAUUAAUAAAAUAAGCUUUGAACCUAUUGUAAUUAUAUCUUAGAAGAACGUUUGUAGCUAUUGUGACAGAAAUAAAACGAUUAUUUUUAUUAUGUUAAAAGUAGUAUAAUCUGUUUUAGGCUUUUGUAACUAAAGGUACUAAGACUCCGCUGUCCGUCUUUCUGUCACUAGGCUGUAUGAAAUGUUAUAACAAAUACUAAAAAAACAUGACUGCUUAAACCUUAAACGAACUAAAAAAUAAACGAUCUCUUAGACUACAAAAUGUUCCACAAAGGGGAUCCUGGACUGCAAUGUGAAUUUUGUUUAACCAAGCUAUAAGACAACUUCGAAGUCAAGUUCGGUUCGUGUUUUUUAUUUAUUUUGAUUGCGUCAUACAUAUGCUACAUCUAAUAUAUAAACAUGUAGCCGGAGUCAUUCGAGAUAAUGUAAUGUUUGUAAUGAUAUCCUUUAAUUAUUAUAUUUGAUCAGUUUAGCAUUUAAAGAGUUAUACAAAAAAUAUUUUUGAUAAAAAUGUUUAAAAUUUAAAAAUCUAACAGCCUCAGGUACUAUGAGAUGGGACUCGAACUCAUGACCUUUCGCAGUCUAGGCGGCAGUCGCCCGGAUUGUCAUAUACACACAUAAAUGACUCUGAACAUAAAACACUCAUUUUUUUUCUGUAGUCUUGUAAACGACAGAUUUAAUAAUAUAUUAGGAUUCUGUACUAUAAGUUAAGAUCUUUUAUAUUUUCUAUUUCUAAUAUACCUCCAUAAACAAUUUGCCUAUUUAUCGAAACAUUCUGCGACAUGGCUUGCGACAGGGCUCAUAUACUUUAACUCUUUGCUCAGUUGGGAUUAAUGGGUAACGACAGCAGAUGCAGCUGGGAUCAACGGCUUAUUAUAAAUUUUGUUCACCUAACUUAUGAGAAGCCUUUGCGAGUGUCUCUCGACUUCCGCAUCGUAGACAGAAUGCUUAAUAUUAUGUCGUAUUAUUUAAAUUAUAAAGCUUUAUGUAAAACAGUAAAUAAUGACAUUAUAAUUAGCAUAUAAAUAAGAUAAAUAUAAAUGUAAAAUUACAAAUGUACAAGAACAAAAUAGAAAUGUACAUGAAAAUGUUACGAUCUCA